CGCAGAUGAUGCUUUUAUUCUGAAGGAGUCAAGUCGGAAGUAUCAUGGUGGCUAGUGCCACAGUGAAUACAGACCCCACUCUUCGGUACUGCGUCCAUGUUAAAGUAAGCCAAUGAAAACAAUUGCAGUCUUUGGAGGGGGGAUUGGGGGUUUAGCAGCAUCUUACUACUUGUGCAAGAGCCCCCAGGUUACCAAGGUCAUUAUACUUGAGUCCAGCAGUCGCUUUGGAGGUUGGCUGUGGUCUACCAGGAGGUCAGAUGGGGCGAUAUUUGAACAUGGACCCAGAGGGAUCAGACCUGCUGGGGCAGUGGGAUGCAACACACUCAAUAUGGUGGAUGACCUGGGUCUGGGCGGGGAGAUCCUGCCAGUCACCUACAGCCAUGUUGCCUCCAAGAACAGAUAUCUGUAUGUCAACAGACAGCUCCAUAGGAUGCCUUCAGGAAUCAGUGGGCUUUUGCGGACUGUUCCACCCUUCUCUCGUCCCCUCCUUUUGAGUGUUGCCUUGGAGAUACUAGUGAAGAAAGGCAAGGAGGAUGAUGAGUCGGUCCAUUCAUUUGUUUCACGGAGGCUGGGAAAGGAGCUGGCAGACAUAGCUGUGGACAGUUUGUGCCGUGGUGUGUUUGCGGGGGACUGCAGAAAGUUGAGUGUGCGUUCUUGUUUUCCUGUCUUGCACAACGCAGAGAAGAGCAGAGGUUCCCUGACUCUAGGCAUGCUGCUGGGCUCAGGUCCCUCUUCUGUGGUCCCCCCUGGCCCUCUGGCACAAAGAUCUAUGAAAGAGUCAUGGGCCCAGUGGUCCCUGAGCAGGGGACUGGAAUCCCUCCCAGAAUCCAUUACAGAGCACCUACAACAAUCGGGGAAAGUAGAGCUUCACAGAGACGCAGCUGUGGAACACAUCAGUCCUUCAGCCUCUGGUUGGAAGAUCACAGUGGAGGAUGGAGUCAUAUCAGCGGAUCACAUCAUCUCUGCACUGCCUGCUAAAGCCCUCUCCUCAGUCCUGCCCUCCUCCUGUCAACCUCUCAUCCAGCUGCUGCAUGACAUUGCCACAGUAACAGUCGCUGUGGUAAAUCUGGAGUAUGAGGGUUCCAUCCUGCCUGUAACGGGUUUUGGUCACCUGCUUCCAUCAUCAGAGGAUCCAGGUUUACUGGGGGUUGUCUAUGAUUCUGUUCCCUUCCCUCAACACAACAGAUCUAAUGGACAGACAACUAGACUUACGGUGAUGAUGGGUGGGGCCUGGUUCCAGGAAGUGUUUGGGGCACCAGAAGCAGUAACAGAUGAGCAUCUUUUAGCAAGAGCCACUGAGGCAGUGCAACACCACCUGGGAGUAACCACAGCACCCAGCUGGAGUCGGGUGAAUUUACACAGGGACUGUAUACCUCAGUAUUAUCAAGGACAUUUUCGGAGAGUAGAGUCCAUGCGUAGCUUCAUAAAGGAGAAUAAUCUCUCACUAUCUCUGAUUGGUUCCUCCUAUGAUGGUGUGGCAGUCAACGAUGUCAUCUAUAGUGGACGAACAGCUGCAGAGGAGUUGUUGGGAACCAGACUUUGAUGGAGCUGCUCAAAAAAAAUACACAUCCAAUGAUGUUUUCUGUUGAGAAUGUAUUUUUGUUUUAACCUGUAGCUACAUCAAGCGCUUGUUCAUGUAUCAUCAGUUUACCACAGCCUAUGGACAUGACCACCAGAAACCACAGCCCUCAUACUACUACAAGCACACACACACACACACAUCUUGGCUCGUUGUCUGAGCUGGUGUGGUAAAAUGCAGUCCUUACGUCAUUCUUCAGGCUACAUGGCGGCUCAGCUAGUGGUUUGAACAGCUUCAAGAUUUACCUGCAAAUGUAUAAACUGAAUGGUGAAGGCUUUUCUCUUCGCUACCACUGUGUAGAAUAAAAUUGAAUUGUAAUAUAAUAGUAACCUCAUAGUAUAAGGUUCUGUUAAUAUAUACAGUGACAUUCACACAUAAUCUGGUUCAAAGAGGCUGACAUUAGUAUUGCUCUUUAAUACUACUGAUGGGACUUGCUCUUUAAGUAAAGCCUUAAUGUGCCUACAAGCUGUCUGUCAGUACCUGUUUGUUUUGUGGGAAAGAUUUCCUGAUAGACUGAUAGGAGCAUAUAUGACUUGCAUUUAUUUUCAGCUGAUUUUAAUAUUUCUCAGUUAUUGCAUUCAGGGAUGCUCUGAGGUGGCCUAUGGUGUGUAUAUAUUCAAGGCCCUCUGAGGCUAAUUUGUGAUUUUGGUGUAUAGAAAUAAAUAAAAUUUUCUUUGUUUGA